AUGACACCUCCAAAGCACCAUGCAGAGAUUUGUGGAGUGCGUCGGACUAUCUGGCAUAACAGUGGCAACAUGCAGUUAUUGCCCUGUUUAAGGAAAUAUGAUGAGAAACAAAGUAACUCGAAGCAAAUUGAUAGAGAAAUCAAACAGUGGAUUAAGACUUAUAAUGAAGCAAUCAAAUUACUGCUGCUCGGAACGGGGGAAAGUGGAAAGACUACGAUAAUAAAACAAAUGAAAAUCCUUCAUAUACAGGGAUUUAGCGCGAGCGAUCGAACAGAGAAAAUAAAACACAUCCGCCACAAUAUUCACGAGUCGAUAUACGAAAUCGUCAAAAGUAUGACGCAACUAAACAUUUCACCGCGGGAUUCUAAAAAUGUUAAAUGCCAACAAUUUUUACUACAGAUUGGUCCCACUGGGCCUGGAGAGUAUACUGAGGAAUACUUUGACCACGUCAGGUCGUUGUGGCGGGAUCCAGGUGUCAGAGAAUGUUUCAAACGAUCCAGCGAAUACCAACUUAUAGACAGCGCUGAAUAUUUUCUCGAUAGAAUAGAUCUGAUAGCAAAGAGCGAUUAUCUGCCAUCGGACGCGGACAUUUUACGGUGCCGACAGAAAACCACUGGUAUACAAAAGAUCGAGUUCAAAGUGAAGGUACCAAAAUCAAUGCACGGCGGUUCGCAAGAGUUUUGGAUGUUCGAUGUUGGGGGGCAAAGGGGCGAACGGAAAAAGUGGAUUCAGGUUUUCGAGGGUAUACACGCUAUAUGGUUCCUCGUGGCGUGCAGCGAUUUCGACCAGAAACUCAGGGAAGAUAACACACAAAAUCGUCUUCAGGAGUCCUUAGUUUUGUUCCAAGAUGUCUGGCAGAGUAGAUUUCUCUUAGAAGCCGGUCUCAUAGUCUUCCUAAACAAGCAAGACUUACUCGAAAGUAAGAUAUCUCGUGGAGCAAGUAUCGCUCCUUACUUUCCUCAGUACAAGAAGUUUGACGCAACCGGCGACGAAUAUACGAAGACCAAACUAUUUAUCAAGAGCCUUUUCGUAGACUUAACAAAGAAACGGGAACGUCGCAAUAACUUCACAGCGUCCGCUGAGCGAUUCGUCGUAAGCGAAGCAAGUAGAUCCCGGGAAUGUUACUUCCACUUCACCACCGCCACGGACACGGACAACGUCCGCACCGUCUUCAGGGACGUCCACCAGAUGAUAUUGACCCAUAUACUCAAUAAUAUUGACCUUAACGGUUUCGGUCAAAACCCACCCUAUUCUAACAAGAGUCAUGGUCUAACAGUCAACGCAAACAAGUUAUUACUAAAAGGGGAACGACUACGCUUGACAAUGGAGUCACCUAAGAUAGUUUACAAAUACUAUUCAAAUCCUGCCUUCUGUGCUCAAAGUGAAGUGGUGUUCGCACAAAAAUCAUGUAUGACAAGAAUCGUCUCACCGGAUCGCAAAAGAAUGCCGCCCUUAGGCGCUAAUUCUCCAAGAAAAACUGAGAGCAACCGAAUAAUGAGGACAGACAUCUCCGACAAUCCUCUACGGAUGACGCCAGCAGGUAGAUAUAAAGACGAACCACCAGAAUUGCCGCCGAAACCUCCAAAAUACCAAAGGCAAUUCCAAAGACAGGCUUCGCUAAUGUGUAAGCCGUCUCGCACUGUAGUCAGAUGUAGAACAAGGAGCGAAGAUUUAGAAAUGGCGCAGUUUAGACAACAACAGCAGAUAAAAUACGACAGGAACGCAGAAAGCGACGACGGCUUAGAAGAUUCAAGGUUUAAACAUAGAUACGAAGUAAUCAAAGAUCUCGAUGACAUCGACUAUUCGCCAACAAAGAAGAGAAUAAUAGAGGCAGACGAAAGCGAAAUAGAAGAAUAUAAUGUAGAUGCACCAGAUGAACAUGAACUAAAGGAAAUACCGACAGAAAUAGUCAAGACUGUUAAUGGUAAGACACAUAGGUACGCCAUUGUUCCAUCAGACGACGAAGAUAGGAAGCCAAGCGUUACGUUUACCUCUCCAAUGAUGACGAAAAAGAAUUUAAUAGCAACACAGAAGUUGCACGAAUUGCUGUCGACACCUCGGAAGCUGAAGAGCUAUGCGAGUCAACCAUCAGUGAGAAUGACGCCAACGUCAGUAAGUCCAAGACAACAGACGCCAAUGAAAAUAACUUCGAGUACACCCACCCAUGUUACUCCUUCAAAAUCGUGUGCAAAUUUGAGCUUAGUCAGAAAUGCGACCUCACCAAUUUCACCAAAAGCACAACAGAAGUUAAACUACGGGUUGCCGGAGUUUGAAAGGCCAGAUGUUUUUGUAACUAGCUGCAGGGAGAAAGAGAGGAGUUUUGAUGAGAAGAGAGAAAUGAGUAGAGAUAGGAAAGUACGGGAUAAAACGACUGCUGUUAUAAUGCCAAGGGUCGCCCACGCAGCUUCACCAUCGGUUUAUUCAGAAGACACCUACAAAUCAAUAUCCAGCAUAAAAACCAUGAGCUCUGCUGCAGCAUCGCUUACCAUAGCUGCCUUGAUGCUUACUCUCUGUGGAGGUCUCACUACAGGAUUGAGCUUUUACAUGAUGUAUAGCGUGGGUCGGCGUUACUAUCUAGAUUUUGGCGUGUUGUCUGGCUUCACCUGCUUUUUAUUAGGUCUAUUAGGCCUCAGGUCUAGAAGGAACCAGUUGCUACCCAACAGGAAUUAUAUUUCUGGAUACAUCGUGCUAUCCACAUUCUCGCUUCUCAGUGCCUUCGGUCUUCUUCUACUGCUGUCCAUACAACCGAAAUCUGGUACUGCCCUGAACGAUAUAACUUCUGGAGCGGUUUGCAGCAUUAGUGUGUUAUCACUGGGGUUGGCAACAGUUGGAAUUUUAGCUUCAUACUGUUGCGCACGAGACCCUCCAGAUAAUAGAAUGGCUGAUUAUCAUAUUAGGGAAGCGGCUGAAUCCUUGCUUGGGAGUGUGUCACAACCUCCAUAUAGAAGUUUCACUCAAUCGCAGUCAGUGAACCUUCUAACAGAAGAUCUAGUGGCGGGACACAGGCCGCAAGGCAGAAUGUCAUCUAUCCGGAGAUUCUUCUGCCUCUUUGUUACAUUUGAUCUUCUCUUCACGAGUCUCAUGUGGUUAAUAUGUGUUGUUAUGCGUGGUGAAACGCUUGUACAGAUAUUUACUAGAGAAAUAGUUCACUAUGACAUUAAAGUUUCCCUGUUCGACAUCGUGCUGGUGGCUGUUGUACGCUUUCUGCUGCUCAUUCUCUUCUAUGCUAUAUUAUAUAUUAAUAAUUGGAGUAUUAUUGCUCUCACGACGAGUGGAACAUGUGCCUUCCUAAUCGCCAAAGUGUUCGUUUUCGAUUGGCCAAACGCCCCACAGCCUGUGUAUCAAGUAUUUCUUAUCCUGACGUCUUUCACGCUAUCGUGGGGCGAGGCCUGGUUCUUGGACUUCAGGGUACUUCCACAGGAACUGCAAGCCAAGCAGAUUUUGGAAACCAUUGUGUCACACGGUGCAUCGGAACGCACCCCCCUCCUGGCUUCUCGUCUGGGGGGCACUUCGACGCGUGGCGACUCAACCGUCAACUGGUUCUCUCCGGUCGAGACACCAGAGUCCAGCCCGAGGCCACAGAGGCCUGGGGAGCAGGUCAUAUUGACGCAAGACCAGCUAGAACUCUCUGACCUAAAAGUUACCACAGAAAGGUCAAUUGAUAUGAGUUACGAUACGAAUUUAGUUUUUAGAGUUCCGUACGCAGAGGGUUAA